AUGACGAUACCUACGUAUGGGAAGGAACACACCUGGAGUCAGAAGACCGUUGGAGGAACGUCCACAGGGCAGCAGUGCAUAGUCUGCCAUCAACUACAAUUAAAAUCUAAGAGAUUCAGCUCUGGCUCUAAACAGGGCUGGGAGAAGAUCGAGCCCUGCAUUCAAGGUCGAUCACACCACCAGUUCAUUCCUUUCUUCAAAAACAGUGGGGUUGUACAGUGGUGUACUGAAUGCUAUAUCGUUCGAGGGUACGGUAAGAAAUUUGGAUCGAACAAGUAUGCAGGUUUCGAGAAGGUCUCUGAGAUUUGCGGACCUUUGGAUGAGAAUCUUAAGGUGUACGUGGAGAAGGAGUUGAUUGGGUGUGACUUACACGAGGAAGGCAGAAUGGAAAGGUCAUCUUCUCAAGACCAGGAGUCAGUUGACGAGGGGCUCGUGGAUGAUUUCACUGGCGCCUACAGUGGACUUCAAAUCCAGCAACCUGCGGGUAAGCGCGACUUCCGUGCAGACUUCCCACACUUCGGCGGGGUGGACCCAAACCUGAUCGAGGAAGCGUUGAGUCACCCGUCUUGGUCAUCCGAGAACGGCAAGAACUAUCUCCGUCUGGCUGUUCUGGGAGAUGCCAUGCUUGAUCUUUAUGUCAUUGAGACAAUCUACAACAAACAUCCCGAAAUGGAUAAUGGGGAGAUAACCAUUGAGAAGUCAAAGAUUGUGUCCAAUCAUGCACUGGGUCAAUUUGCUAUCCCGUAUCUAUCGUACGUGAGAACGCGUGCUGUAAUCUUCAGGGAUUCCAAGGUCGCCUGUGAUGUGAUGGAAGCCCUAGGUAGGUGCCAAAAUCAGAACACUCACUGA